GAUCCUGCAGCUCACUUCAGAUCAGCUUCUGAGCCAGCAUGGAGACCGUGGGCAGGUUCCAGGCCGGGGAUUAUGUGGUGUUUGCGUGUCUGUUCGUGGUCUCCUCCGGCAUCGGCGUCUUCUUCGCCAUCAAGGAGAGAAACAAAGCCCCGUCCAAGGAGUUUCUGGUGGGGGGCCGUCAGAUGUCCUGCGGGCCCGUGGCUCUGUCCCUCACCGCCAGCUUCAUGUCUGCUGUGACUGUGAUCGGGGCUCCGGCAGACGUCUACAGAUUCGGGGCCUCGUACGUCAUCUUCGGGGUCGCCUACACGUUUGUGGUGUUUUUUACGGCUGAGCUCUUUCUGCCUGUGUUUUACAGGUCAGGAAUCACCAGCACAUAUGAGUAUUUGGAGUUGCGUUUCUGCAAGCUCGUUCGCGUCGCAGCCACUCUAAUUUACAUCAUUCAGACGAUUCUCUACACUGGUGUGGUGGUUUAUGCUCCUGCUUUAGCUCUCAAUCAAGUGACAGGAUUUGACCUUUGGGGAUCUAUCUUUGCCACCGGCAUUGUCUGCACUUUUUACUGCACACUGGGUGGGCUGAAGGCUGUGGUGUGGACCGAUGCCUUCCAGAUGGUGGUGAUGGUGGUGGGCUUCCUCACUGUGCUGAUCCAGGGUUCGAGUCGAGCUGGAGGGAUCGAGAAUGUCUGGAGCACCGCUCGCACUGGAGGACGAUUGCAGGUGUUUGACUUUGACGUGAGUCCGCUCAGGAGACACACGUUCUGGACACUCAGUGUCGGAGGAACCUUCACCUGGCUGGGGAUUUAUGGAGUAAACCAGUCCACAAUUCAGAGAUGCAUCUCGUGUAAAACAGAAGGUCACGCACGCUGGGCUCUGUAUCUGAAUCUGCUGGGUCUGUGGAUUAUUCUGUUCUGCGCUGUGGUUUCUGGCCUGAUCAUGUACUCUUAUUACUCUCACUGCGAUCCCUGGUCAUCUGGACUGAUCUCUGCGCCAGAUCAGCUCAUGCCAUAUUUUGUUAUGGAAAUCCUGGGUGCGUUUCCGGGACUGCCGGGGUUAUUUGUGGCCUGUGCCUUCAGCGGCACUCUGAGCACAGUAGCCGCCAGUAUCAAUGCUUUGGCCACAGUGAUGUACGAGGACUUUGUGAGCCAGUGUUUCCCAGAUCUCUCCAACCGAGCGGCCAGCUGGAUCAGCAAAGCGCUCUGUGUGGCGUUUGGUGUGGCCUGCACUACUAUGGCCGUGGCGGCAUCAUACAUGGGAGGAAUUGUGCAGGCGGCUCUCAGUAUCCAUGGCAUGUGCGGAGGGCCGGUGCUGGGCCUGUUUUCUCUGGGAAUCCUGUUUCCAUUCACUAAUCUAAAGGGGGCAGUUGGGGGUCUGAUCGUGGGCAUCUCUCUCUCGUUCUGGGUCGGCGUGGGCGCUUUCAUUUACCCAGCACCCAGCAAUAACACGCAUGCUCUGGAACUCAACACUGCAGGCUGCAACAUCACUGCUGCUGCAUUUGAGCCAACAUCCGCCACAGUGACCCAGCUCACCUCAGACAGGAAUUGGCUGGCGGAUUCGUGGUACUCCAUGUCCUACCUGUACUACAGUGCAGUGGGCUUUAUUGGGACGGUGGCGGCAGGUCUGCUCAUCACACUGCUGACAGGCCCAAUGGACCCGAAACUGUUGAAACCAGGGAUGACUCGAUCAGUGAAGGACGUCCUGUGUUUCUGCACUGAGAAAUUCACAGAAGCUGACCUUGGUGAAGGCAAAGAGGAUGUGGGAGACUUUGGCAAGGCAUGGGAGAAACAUCCAGACCAGGGAUGCACCUUAAGAAUGGACGAGAAGUUCAGGUGCAGUUGCGAUAACCAACAGGAAAAUGGUAACACUAAUGCCGGCUUUGACCAUAACGAAACUAGCAUAGUUCAGAAAAAGCUGUAACGAGCGAAAGAACACAUCAACUAUUUCAUUUAAAAGAUACAAUCAAUGUUUAUUACAGAAAACUCUGAUCCCCAAAUCUAUGUUACAGACAUGUUUUGUACAAUUCUUGUAUGCAUACUGCUGAUUGCUUUACAUGUAAACAAGGAUGAAGGAGUCUCAUAAACAGCUUUUAUAUCAGAAGUAUAAACAAUAAAAUAAUGUGGUGUCGUUGA